AUGGGUGGCCUUGGUCAAGAUCUUAAGGUAGCUCCAACAGAAAAUUCCCAAGGAAUGGUUGAUGGUGAGCAGUUGAUCCAUCAGCCAGAGAAUCAUGAGGACGAUGGCGCGAAUUCACGGAAGGAAAUAAGCAUGAAUGUUGAUGAGGUGCACAGAAUCACCAUUCUAAACCUUCGGGAAGGAAAUGAUCAAUCCUCAAGUGAAACUCAAAGUGUCAAUGAGAUUGAAGGCUCUACACCGGCCAAAGUUAUUUCUCAUAGAAGAGGUCAGGAGGGUGAAAUGUCAGAAUUCCUUUCUGGUGAUUCUUGUUCAUGUAGGCCAAUAUUGCCUUGGUUAAACGGAGAUGGUACCAUCAACAAGAUUGUUUACAAUGGACUUAUACGGCGGGUUCUUGGUGUUGUGAUGCAAAAUCCAGGAAUAUUGGAGGACAAUAUAAUAAGUCAGAUGUGUGUACUAAAUCCUCAGAGCUGCAGAAAAUUGUUGGAAUUGAUGAUCCUGGAUAACCUUAUUAGAGUGCGGAAGAUGCAUCAGGCCACAUCAAGUGAGCCUCCUGCUAUACUGGGUCGCCUUUUUGGGAGCAGCUUCAAGAAAUCAAAGUUGACUUGCCAAAAGCAUUUCUUUGCCAAUCCCAUGAGUACUGCCUUCUUGUAG